AUGGAUGAAGAGCAGAAAUUUCCCACUUGCACUCCACUUCAGAUUCGCACAUGCACUGAGCGAAUUCACGCUAACCUUUCCGAUUGCAACUGCGAUGUUGAAUGUGAGAAAAUAGAGUACGACAUGCGAAUGAGUUAUUCGGACGUUAUCGCAGAAUCAGUAAUGCAAAGAUUCGAUUUAUCUGCUGAUUAUGUUGUAGAUAACGUUUCCAUUGUAAAUUUAUUCAUGCAAAGCAUGGCUUACGAGCGUCACGAACAACAGAAGCAGUUGCAAACAGCUGAUUUGCUUUCAAAUAUUGCCGGAAGUAUGGGACUGUUCCUAGGAAUGAGCACGGUAACUCUGCUAGAGAUAUUCAUUUAUCUAUUCAAGUCAGUAUGGGGUACGGUAAACACUGAAAGGCAGAAACAGUUUAUGGAGGCUAUGAUGGAGGAAGAAAGUGAAAGACGACAAAGUUUGGUAAUUGUGGAGGAGCCACAACCAGAGCAACUGAUAGCGACAGAUGAGGCUAAGGACCAUGUGCGACGAAUAUCUCAUAGAAGACAAUCAAAGAGGGUAUCCAUAGUACCACUACGAAUUCACUUGGACAGAAGAGGCAGCACUCACCCGCUUCUUGAAGAUACCGAACAAACCACUUCAAGUCAUGUCAAAUAUCUUACUCCUCCCAGAUUUUCUAUCCAUGGUGCACCCAGCCGUCGGAACUCAACUAUGGAGACGACAAUAGGGCACAUGCUCCCAGAUUUCCAUUCUCCUAGAAGAUCUUUCGCGUCGGCUGCAUUAUCCAGACGACAGUCGCUGUUAGAAGGAGCAGGCGAAAUUCUCCCAACGCGGAGAGGGAGUACUGCCUUGACACCUCAUCUGCAUAGAAGGCCAUCCGCCAUAGUUACAACAGCUCCGUCGCGACGUUCGAGUGCACAACAAAACGAUGAUACCAUACAUCUUGCAUUGAAUUCAUUGCAAGAAGCAGAGUGGAACAAAGAAAUUCCCAUUGGAUAUUGUUCUAGAAAUUCCCCUUGGAUACUGUCCUACAAACAGGCCAUAGAACUAAGCGAACUUGACCCAUAUACUCGCGAACACCUUCCCGAAGAUUUCGAUGCUGCUCAUGCUAGUGCUGAAAAGAUACGGAGAAUACUCGAACAAGAGUUUCGUGAAGGAUAA